CGUCGCGAAGUUUCCAGUCUUGCGAGCGCCACGGGGGCCAGCCGAUCGUCCGCGGACCCAGCCAUGAGGCCCCUGCUGCUCCUGGCCCCGCUGGGCUGGCUGCUCCUGGCCCAGGCGAAGGACGACGCCAAGCCGGAGGACAACCUUUUGGUCCUCACCGUAGCCACGCGAGAGACAGAGGGCUUCCGCCGUUUCAAGCGCUCAGCCCAGCUCUUCAACUACAAGAUCCAGGUGCUGGGCCUAGGGGAGGACUGGAGUGUGGACCAGGGGACAUCAGUAGGAGGGGGACAGAAGGUUCGGCUACUGAAGAAGGCCCUGGAAAAGCAUGCAGACAAGGAGGACCUGGUCAUUCUCUUCAUUGAUAGCUAUGACGUGGUGUUUGCGUCGGGGCCGAAGGAACUCCUGAAGAAGUUCCAACAGGCCAAGAGCCAGGUGGUCUUCUCCGCUGAGGAGCUCAUCUACCCAGACCGUAGAUUGGAGGCCAAGUAUCCGACAGUCUCUGAUGGCAAGAGGUUCCUGGGCUCUGGAGGCUUCAUUGGUUACGCCCCCAACCUCAGCAAACUGGUGGCUGAGUGGGAUGGUCAGGACAGUGACAGCGACCAGCUCUUUUACACCAAGAUCUUUUUGGAUCCAGAGAAGAGGGAGCAGAUCAACAUCACCCUGGACCACCGCUGCCGCAUCUUCCAGAACCUGGAUGGAGCUCUGGAUGAGGUCGUGCUCAAGUUUGAAGUGGGCCACGUGAGAGCGCGGAACCUGGCCUAUGACACCCUCCCUGUCGUCAUUCACGGCAACGGGCCCACCAAGCUGCAGCUGAACUACCUGGGCAACUACAUCCCACGCUUCUGGACCUUUGAGACGGGCUGUACUGUGUGUGAUGAGGGUCUGCGCAGCCUCAAGGGCAUUGAGGAUGAAGCUCUGCCCACAGUCCUGAUUGGCGUAUUCAUUGAGCAGCCCACGCCCUUCCUGUCCCUCUUCUUCCAGCGCCUGCUGCGCCUGCAUUACCCUCGCAAGCAGACUCGUCUGUUCAUUCACAACCACGAGCAGCAUCACAAGCCUCAGGUGGAGAAGUUCCUGGCAGAGCACGGUGGCGAGUACCAGUCUGUGAAACUGGUGGGGCCUGAGGUGCGCAUGGCCAAUGCUGAUGCCAGGAACAUGGGCGCAGACCUGUGCCGUCAGGAUCGUGGGUGCACCUACUACUUCAGCGUGGACGCUGACGUGGCCCUGACCGAACCCGACAGUCUGCGGAUGCUGAUUGAACAGAACAAGAAUGUCAUCGCCCCACUCAUGACCCGCCAUGGGAGGCUCUGGUCCAACUUCUGGGGGGCACUGAGUGCAGAUGGCUACUAUGCCCGCUCCGAGGACUACGUGGACAUCGUGCAGGGCCGGCGUGUGGGCGUCUGGAAUGUGCCUUACAUCUCAAACAUCUACCUGAUCAAGGGCAGUGCCCUGCGGGCCGAGCUUCAGCACCCAGACCUGUUCCAUCACAGCAAACUGGACGCCGACAUGGCCUUCUGCGCCAACGUGCGGCAGCAGGAGGUGUUCAUGUUCCUGACCAAUCGGCACACAUUUGGCCACCUGCUCUCCCUGGACAACUACAAGACCACCCACCUCCACGGUGAUCUCUGGGAGGUGUUCAGCAACCCCGAGGACUGGAAAGAGAAGUACAUCCAUGAGAAUUACACCAAGGCCCUGGAGGGGAAGCUGGUGGAGACGCCUUGCCCGGAUGUCUACUGGUUCCCCAUCUUCACGGAGGCAGCCUGUGACGAAUUGGUGGAAGAGAUGGAGCACUACGGCCAGUGGUCUCGAGGCGAUAACAAGGACACCCGCAUUCAAGGAGGCUAUGAAAAUGUCCCCACCAUCGACAUCCACAUGAACCAGAUUAGCUUCGAGCGGGAGUGGCACAAGUUCCUGGUGGAGUACAUCGCCCCCAUGACGGAAAAGCUCUACCCCGGCUACUAUACCAAGGCCCAGUUUGACCUGGCCUUCGUUGUCCGCUACAAGCCUGAUGAGCAGCCGUCACUGAUGCCGCAUCAUGACGCCUCCACCUUCACCGUCAACAUCGCCCUGAACCGGGUUGGAGAGGAUUAUGAGGGCGGCGGCUGCCGGUUCCUGCGCUACAACUGCUCCAUUAGAGCCCCAAGGAAGGGUUGGGCCCUCAUGCACCCUGGACGGCUCACACACUACCACGAGGGACUCCCCACCACCAGAGGCACCCGUUACAUUGCCGUGUCCUUCGUCGACCCCUAGCUGGCCAAACCUGACUCCCUUAGGCCUGAUCUCUUUGCUGAAAACCACUUCCCAGCAACCCCUGGGGCCUCUGGGUCCCAAGGAAUCCGGUCUAACUUCCAGGCUUCUGCCUUCCAUUGCUCUUGAAGCUACCAGUCAGAGGGAUGGGGCACAACCAGAGAUGGGAUUGCCCUCCAAGGCUGGGGCUCUCCGUGGUGCUCUCUUCAGUCUGAGAAAACACUGAUCACAUCCAGUGUCCUGGAAACCCCAGCCCGCUUCCUCUGAUUCCCCCAUGAGGUCAGACUUGGGCAGAGUGGCCUAUCUGAGCCGCCCCCAGAGACUUCAGGGCAGAAGCUCUGACCCAGAGCCCUUCCAACAGAACUGUCUCCUUCAAGCCUUUGGGGGUGAUUGAGAUGUGGAUCAAACUCAAGCCACUCCCCUUCCAGCCUGGGACUGCCAAAGCACCUUCUUCCCAGCCUCCAACACCAGAGCAAACAGCUGUCCCCUGAAGACUCAGAAAUCCCUCCCAGGGGAUGGAAAAGACAUCUGAGCUGAAGCUUGAUCCUCUACAUAUCCUGGGGGGAGGGGAGUGAUAUGUCCACACUGCACUGGGUUACUCUGUACUCAUGCCUCUGGACAGAGCGUCAGAGGCCACAGAGUUCUAUUAAAGGUUGUUCAAACCA